AUGCCUGUCGAGCUCUUAGAGUUUCACAGGUCUAUGGUAGAGGACCUCAUGCCCUCCGCGGUGACUCCGCUAAAAUCCUCCUCAGCACUCGCAGCGACGGCACCGCGUGGCAGUGAGGGAAAGGGCGACGGAUUGCUUAUCGCGGCAAAGGGCUUGGGUCUCCGACGCAUUCUGCUGACGUUUCUCCAGGUGUAUUCGGAUCCUCGGAACUUGGUUCUACUCUUAAAUACUCCAUCUAGAGAAGUGGACGUAUUAAGGGAAGAUCUAAUGGCUGCCAUUGCUGCUCGUACUCCGCUAGAAGGGGCCAACAAGGUGCAUCCUAAUCUGUUUAAAGUUAUAAACAAUGAAACGCCAGCCAGUGACAGAUCCGAUCUGUACCGCUCUGGAGGCGUCUUGUCUGUAACAUCCCGUAUUCUCGUCGUGGAUAUGCUUAACAAAGUCCUGCCAUUCGAUCUGGUCCUCGGGAUAAUAGUUAACCAUGCUCACAGGGUCACCGAGACGUCAACAGAAGCUUUUAUUCUUCGACUCUACCGCGACGAGAAUAAGAUUGGGUUUAUCAAAGCUCUUUCUGACGAGCCGGAAGCCUUCACGCAUGGAUUCUGGAAACUUGAACGCUCGAUGAAGCUCCUCUUUUUGCGGCACGUGUUCCUGUGGCCAAGGUUCCAUAUGAGAGUUCACGAAACCUUAGAGGGAUUAGGGAAAGUACAUGUGAUCGAGUCACAAGUACCCUACACUCAAAGCAUGCGGGACAUCCAAGCUGGUCUUGUCGACUGUAUUGAUCAGUGUUUAGCGGAGCUCCGGCGAUCUAAUCCGACAAUUGAUGCGGAGGAGUUUACCGUUGAGAAUGCUUUCUUCCGAUCAUUUGAUCAACUAAUAAGAGUGCAGCUCGAUCCUAUCUGGCACCGCGUAAGUCAGAAGACAAAGCAAUUGGUUGGGGACCUGAAGAUCCUACGAAAGCUCUUGAGCUACCUGGUGUCGUACGACUGUGUUACAUUCAAUUCAUUUCUGGAGACAAUUGUUGCAGCGAACGCUUCGGAGCCUAGUGCGGUGUUCCGUUCCGAAGCGAGCCAGAGUCAGUGGCUAUUUCUUGACGCGGCACACACGGUAUUAUCUGCCGCCCGCCAGAGAGUAUACAGGCGGGUUGUCGGGGCAACAGGAAAUCUGGAGGCGGGUAUUCCGCCGGGAGUUGAACCGGUAUUGGAAGAGCAGCCAAAGUGGCGAGCACUUAUUGAUGCGUUACGAGUAAUUGAAGCUGAUAGGAGUGAACUUUUGGGACGCGGAGAAGUACCCGGGCCAGUCUUGAUUAUGGUUGAAGGAGAUCGAGCAUGCACGCAAUUGCGAGAAGUGUUAGCCGACUGCGACUUGACUGUUGUGAAACCUGAAGCCGAGGAAAAGCCGUUACGUGAGACCUUUACGAAGCAACGAAAAAAAGGGCAGAUUCGGUCCUCGCAAAAACGCUCACGUUCCGAGGAUGCUAUAGAUGAGACUCUUGAACAGGAGGGAGUCCUUGUUGAACACACUGAUGCGCAAAUAGAAAAGGAGGGCCAGCGACGGGGCGUAUCUUUUUCCAGUACAGGGUCCGAGCAGCUUUUGAACCGCCUGAUCCAAAAGUACUUUAGGUGGAAAGGAGGCAUGUCAGCUGUCACACGUAAUCUAUUCAAUAAGAGCCGAGCGGGCGGUGGUUCAAAAAGUGGUUCCACCAAUGUGUCUGCGAAUGAGGCGAGCCGUGGACGUGGACGAGGUGGGCGUGGUGCACCCCCAAACAAGCGACGAAGGGUCCGGGGCGGGAGUGCUUCGGCAACCCCAGAGACUGGAAGGACUCCAGAUAUUGGAGAAAGUAGUAUACAUACCACCUUCGAGCAGGAGGCGGCACAAAUAGCGGAAUUUUUAAGUCAAGCGGACCCGGUAGCAACUGUGGCUGAUGACAUUCAGGAGCGGCCACCAGAAGACGAGGAUGUGCUGGAGCCUGAAGCCUAUUUUGGUAUCGUCGAUCCAUCUAGCAGCAUCGUAAUACGACCUUACGCUAGCACGUCAACAUCUUUUGCUGGAGGAUCUGCAGCUAACGGUGAUGACGAUGCGAGAGUGUUGGAAGAUUUGCGACCUAGCUAUAUUGUCAUAUACGACCCGGACCUUGGCUUCAUAAGAAGAGUCGAGGUCUUCCGAGCGCUCAAUCCUACACAUCCGCUACAGGUCCAUUUUCUAGUUUAUAGUAACUCUGUUGAAGAACAGCGAUUCUUAUCCCAAAUUCGACGGGAAAAGACAGCUUUUGAAAAGCUGAUUCGGGAGAAAAGUAUUAUGGCGAUCCCAAUAGACCAAGACGGGCGAACACCUAGAGAUCCAGAGGAAGAGUUCUGGCAGAAAUUAGAUACCCGAUUAGCAGGCGGGCAGCGGAUACCUGCCAACGAAAAAAAUCAAGUUAUAGUUGACGUUCGCGAGUUCCGUUCAUCACUUCCAUCGCUUUUGCACGCGCGGAGGAUGACAUUACGUGCAUGCACACUCGAAGUUGGUGACUAUGUCCUUUCUCCGCAGAUCUGCGUUGAACGGAAAUCAAUAUCGGAUCUUAUCCAAUCUCUCAAAUCCGGUCGUCUGUACACGCAAUGCGAGGCCAUGUCGCUGCAUUACAAAAUACCAGUGCUGCUGAUAGAAUUUGACAAGGACAAGGCUUUCUCAUUGCAUCUGGAUCGGGAUAUUCGCGGGGAAAUUGAUGCCAGAGAUGUCGGAAGCCGGCUAGCUCUCCUAUGCUUGCACUUUCCAAAAUUGAGGAUUGUGUGGAGUUCUAGUGCAGCCGCAACCGCGGAGAUUGUGGAAGAUUUGAAGAAAAAUCAAGAGGAACCCAGUAUGGAUGAUGCAAUGGCUGUUGGAGUGGAUAAUCCGGAAACCAUUGAUAGUGCAUUUAACAUAACCCCAUCGGAUGUAUUACGCUCCCUGCCUGGGAUUACAUCAAAAAACUACCGAUACGUCAUGUCAAAAGUGCAAAAUCUACGAGAGCUGAGCGAGAUGCCGCUUGAGCGCUGUCAGCAGCUCUUGGGACAAGAGUUUGGAAAAAUGUUAUAUGCCUUCUUUAGGAAAAAUCCCAAGGAGGAGGACAUGUAA